AUGUACUAUGACGUCUCCGUCCUCCUCAAUCAACACGAUUCUGCCCAGACCCCGCCGCAAGCCAUUGCAUGGACACCACGAUGUACCACGCUCGAUCUGCCUCCUCCUCUUCAACACGCACGAUGUAUUCAAGACAAUGGCUACACUACAGUUAGUCUUGAUGCCUUGUUAGACGCUGGGCUGCUUAGGUCCUGUGUGAAGCUGGACCCUCGACCUUGGGUGAACCCUUUAGGUUUCAGCAUCGACAAGCCGCGAUCGUGGAAUGACAAGAAGAAGCGAUUCGAGGCUGAUGCUCGACUCCAUCAGCGAGCCAAAUUGGUACGACACUUCUACUUCGCGCCCAGGCACACGACUGCCGUCGAUCCCCGCCAUCUGGAGAAGCAGGGUCGUUACUUCGACGACAAUGGCAUGGAAAUCUGGCCGGUGUCUCCGGAAUAUGUUUCAUACUUUCGCGCCCUUGGACGAUGCUUUGAUCCUUCAUGGGAGGCAACCAUGACCAUCGCGUUUGCCAGUUUGCGGCGCCAAAAUGUCACGUGGGAGGAGAUGCGAUACUUGCUUGACGAGCUUGAUGGCUUGCCAUGCAGAUCGUUCGACCACUGGACUGUGGAGAACGUGGCUUUCGACGACAUUGCGGAGCACAAGCAAGUGCUGGCCAUGUGGGUGCUGUUCCAAGAGUCGCAAGAAGAUCGAUUCGGACGCCGCACAUCAGGUCUCAGCAUGUCUUUCCAGUGCCUGUCUAGCGACGACUAUAUCAGCGAAACACUAUCUGCCUCCGACCCUGAUCGCGCUGGUCAUCGUGCCAGACACUUCUCACGAUCAGCGAAGCUGCAAGACAUGAAUGUCUUCGCUGGUGGCGCCCUGGAAUCAAUAUCUCGGGACUCCACUUUAUCCGAACCUGCGGGCCAAGGUUCGGCUUCCUCACCAAUACGAAGCCGUACCAGCUCUGCACGAGCACAUCUCAAUACGCCGUCGAUCGUGUCAUGGAGCUUCUGCGCAAGUUCGUACGACGUCAGGUGGUCGAAGUAA